CGCGACGUGUGUUCAAAAGAAAAACAUUUAAGCUCCAGCUAUUAAUUAAUCGUGCCGGUCGCGAAAUUAAAUACCCUAAUUCGACGUUCCUGCCACCGACGAGGGAUGCCCUGCGAUUGUUCAAGUUGCAAAAGGAAAGUGGCAGCAGGAUUGAAAGAUCCAAACGAAGAACCAAAGGUUCGUUGGGCGCCGAGGAUGCCCUCGCACAGUCCACUGCGACAACGCGACGAACUUCGUCGGAGCGAGUCGCCACUUCCAGGGCCUUCGGGAGCGCAUAGAGAAGGAGGCAGACGCCAUUCGAGAAUUCGCGUCAAGAAGCGGAUGCGAGUUUGCAUUCACACCGCCUCGGGCUCCGCACAUGGGCGGGCUUUGGGAGGCAGGUGUGAAAACUGCAAAGCACCUACUCCUACGAGCGGUGGGCAGCGCGCUCCUAACCGCAGAAGAGCUGGAGACGGUGCUCGUCGGGAUCGAGGCGGCGAUGAACUCCCGGCCGCUAGGCGCGCUAUCCAACGAUCCCAGCGACGGAGAAGCGCUAACACCAGGGCACCUGCUGACAGGCGGGCCGCUAUUCCCCAUCCCAGCACUCCGGACCCCGGACCAGGCGGGUCUCAGUUGCUUGCGGCGAUGGCAACUUGUCUCAUAGACAUUGACCAAAUUCCGAGGGCGAUGCCGGAACUCCUAAAGGGCAGAGCCCUGAAAUGGUUCAUUGCCAACAACAGAAUCUGGGAGACCUGGGACGAAUUCAUCUACAGUUUCUUGCCCAGGGGAUACAUGGCCAAACUAGCAGAUCAGGAUUGGGGAGAACAGCACACCGGCACUACGGCUGUUUGUUCGCCCCUACGGGUGCCAGAACUUGGACGCCUGAUGGCGUUGGCGGAUGGAUUUGAGGAGCUCGACCUGCAAAGGGAACAGUUUGAACAGCAGAAAGCCCAAAAGGGCCGAUGUCAUGCGCCGGCCAUGAGGAGGGAACAGGCAGCAACAUGCAGGCGCUGCCAGGAAGGACCCGAACGCAUUCUGCUGGAAUUACCGAAAAAUCGGCGUCAAAAACGAAGAGUGCUGCGCAAGAGCGGGAAACGCCGAGUGUUGAUUUCCGGCAAAUAA